CUGCCCCCUCCCUUUCCCUAUGGCCUUUACUGAUCUUAUGUCAGGCACAAACUCUAAGCAGCCCGUGUAACUAAUCCUGUGCCUCCCCACCCAUACAGCAAAGUGCAGCUCCAUGCAAGGGAUUGAAGGGCUAAGCCCUAGCCUGCUGCUUAACACUCUCCCCCCGCUCUGUUGUGCAUCUGCAAUGAGUAGAAGCCAGAGCUGUCACUUCCCCGGAGUGUUCCCCUGACAGCCUCCCCGCUCUGUGCGACAAGGGAAACCUGUAGAACCGCGUCCUGCCUAUUGUGUGCCUGGGGCUGCACAGAUGAGCGGCGCCCAGGUAACUUUAGGCACAGAAGCCUGACUGUCCCCAGGGUCGCCAUCACCUUGCCUGGUGUGUACAGGUCAGUUCCAGACAUGAAGCACGGCAAAGAUUAGUUUCAAAAGACAAUGACCUGAAGAACCAGACCGUCUGUUCAGAAAACAGGUUGGACAUGACUUAGACAAACAGACCUCGUAAGGAGGAGAAAUAUCAAGAGAGACACAAUGUCCCAAAUUCUGAGUGCCAGCAGCAGACUGAAGCCUGUAAACCUUCACGGUGCAGAUUCAGAGACUUGCACUAUGGUCUUCAAGAACCACUGGAAUCAGGUCCAGCGUAUUUUAGAGAGCCACGAUCCUUUCAAGAAUACUCAGGCCAAAUAUAGAUCAAUUUCUGCUGAUGAAGUCAGCGCCGUACAGAACUAUGUUGAACAUAUGUUGAUGCUUUUAAUUGAGGAAGAGGUGACAGAUGCUGCCAUGGGACCAAUACUGGAGUAUGUUGUGUCUGAGAAUAUUAUGGAGAAGCUGUUUUUGUGGAGCUUAAGGAGAGAAUUUACCGACGAAACAAAGUAUGAGCAGCUCAAGAUGUAUGAGUUAUUGGUCACUCAGUCUCACCAGCCUUUGCUUCAUCACAAGCCUAUUCUAAAACCUCUGAUGAUGUUGCUAAGUGCUUGCUCUGGUACAUCUACUGCAGUGGUGGAGACAAAACUGGCUGUCCUUCUUAAUCAACUUUGCUCAAUCCUUGCCAAAGAUCCAUCCAUCUUAGAACUGUUUUUCCACACUAGUGAAGACCAAGGAGCUGCCAAUUUCCUUAUAUUUUCUCUACUUAUACCAUUUAUCCAUAGAGAAGGCACAGUGGGGCAACAGGCUCGGGAUGCUUUGCUGUUCAUCAUGUCUUUGUCUGCUGAGAAUAAUGUUGUUGCUAAACACAUAGUAGAGGGUACCUUUUUCUGUCCGGUGCUUGCCACAGGACUCAGUGGCCUUUACUCCUCUUUACCCACAAAGCUUGAUGACAAAGGGGAGGAUUGGCAUUGUCUGCUGAAGGAAGAUUGCCUACAGAUUCCUGAACUCAUCCAGUUCCAGAAUUCUCUAGAGUUCUGCAAUGCAGUAAUACAGGUGGCUCAUCCUCUUAUCCGUGCCCAGCUUGUAGAUUAUAUAUUCAAUGGUUUCCUGUUACCGGUUGUGGCUCCUGCAUUACAUAAGGUGACUGUGGAGGAAGUAAUGACAACUACUGCUUAUCUGGAUCUGUUCCUGCGAAGCGUCUCGGAACCCACCUUACUUAAGAUUUUUCUUCGUUUUAUCCUGAUUCAUCAGCAUGAGAAAGUGCACAUACUAGAUACACUGGUUAGUCGGAUCAAUACCCCAUUUCGGCUUUGUGUUGUGUCCUUGGCAUUGUUCCGAACACUCAUUGGUUUACAUUGUGAAGAUGUGAUGUUACAACUCAUUUUGAGAUAUUUGAUCCCUUGCAAUCAUGUAAUGGUCACUCAGCGAUCGGCUGUUAGAGAACAAGACUGUUAUUCUGCAUGCGCAGAAAAGUUUCUGUCCUUGACUCCUGAAUGCUGUGCUCUUACUGUCAGUAGCACUGGAUAUCUGGAGAGAAGGCAGACCAUGUAUUCUAAGUUCAGGCAAAGAACAGAUUCUGAUGAUUCUAAGCAUUUAUAUGAGAAAGAUACCUUGAUGGAUGGAGAUUGUGCAGAGCCAGUUGAUGAUAACUACCUUGAGUAUUUAUGGGAAGCUCAUGAAAAUAUUCUAAACUGCUUAGAAGACUGUAAAGUUUGGUCUGCCCCAUAUGAUGGGCAAAACCCAGACCCUGAAAUCUCCCUUAAAGCCCUAAUGGAGGAUAAUUGUAGAAGAGGGGAGUUCCCAACAUUCAGACGUGCAACUAGACACUAUAUGGAUUCAUUUUCCUCUGAGACACCAUCUCUAGGAGGUAAAACUCUGCUAGAUCUUGAAUGGGAUGACAGCUAUGAUACUGGGAUGUCUCCCGACUCUGGCAGUUGCUCCCCUCAACCCUCUAUUGAUGCAGUUUUACCACCAGAGCCUCCUCACCAUAUUCAAGAGAUGAAGCGGAAUGCGAUCAUGUUCAUCAAAGGAUCAUACAUUGAAGAAUCCGAUUUUCAGGAUGACGUAAUGGUUUACAGAUUAUGUGCUGUAAAGGAUGCUAAGGAUGCAGAUAUGCAGAAUAUAACCGAUAAAAAUGAUAUAGAGACAAAUGAUCAAUUUACAAAACCCCAGGAAGGAAACCAGACCCAAGCAAACUACAAUAAAAAUGCAAAUCUAAAUGAAGACACUGUAAAAACACAGGUUAAACAAACAUUACCCAAAGUGAAGAUUCAGCUUUCUCCUGCAGCAGAUGAUAUCUCUAAUAUGAAUACAUUAAGCCCAGACAGUGAGGAAUUUAUUGCAAGGUACGAUGACAUGCUGAAUGGACUGAAAACCUCGACAUUGGAAGAUGUUAUAUCUCCAAUUCACAGUUUGGCUUCUCCAAUGGAAGAAGAUGAGGAUGAGUUUGAUAAAUAUUCCUUGGACUUACCACAGGCAGAGAGCAUACCAUCCCCAUUUGGGCCAAGAGAUGCAACAAUAUUUUCAAAUUUUCUUCCGAGGCCUCAGACUGCUCCAUUCACUGGACCAUUCAUCAGUGUUGUACUGUCAAAACUAGAGAACAUGCUGGAAAACUCCUUGCAUGUUAAUCUGCUGUUGAUUGGGAUAAUUACUCAGCUUGCCACCUAUCCCCAGCCACUCAUCCGAUCUUUUCUGCUCAACACCAACAUAGUCUUUCAGCCCAGCGUCCGAUCUCUGUAUCAGGUGCUGGCCUCUGUCAAACAAAAGAUUGAGCAAUUAGCUGCAACCCAGCAGAAUUUCCCAGUGCUCCUGGUAGAAGCUCAGCGGUACCUGCUUUGCCGCAUGGACAUGCCUAACCAGUCUGCAGACACAUUUACCAAAGACAACAUAGCGGCGAACACAGAGAGAAAACCUGCUGCUGCUGCUGCGGAAGCUCCCAGAGGAGUGGUACAGAAAGCGAAGGAACAUAGAGCAAAUCCUUUACUACCUCUUUCAGGAGAAUCUAAACAUAUCCAGAAUGCCAUGCUGGCUGCUGCCUUGUUCCCAGAAUUCCUAAAAGAACUUGCUGCUUUAGCCCAAGAACAUUCUGUUUUACAUUCUUUUCAUCACUAGUUUUGAGGAGGGGGUGUAUUAUGUACAUUUGUCAUUUUUAUCAGUGAAAAGGUUGCUGUUAGAUGCGUUUGUAUUUGUAUGGGGAUAAACUGCUGCAGAAAACAAAUCAACACAAUGACUGAAAGGUUUUUAGUACUUCCUGUAAUACUUGAUAGGUGAAUGCUCUGGCCUGAACUAUUUUAUUGGAGGGGAUAUGGCUUGUAAUGGGGGUUUGUGGUUAUAAGAUUUGCCAUUUGUUUUAUUAUCUAAUAUAGGUACCAUAAGGCACUACAGGUAUGGGACCCGUUAUCCAGAAAGCUCCGAAUUACGGAAAGCCCAUCUCCCAUAGACUCAAUUUUAA